GGGAGGGGACAGGGUGCGAGCGGUUUCUCUGCUCUUCAUCGGGAAGCCGGCUCCCAAAUUCUGCUGUGGAUGUCUUCCCUUCGUAAUAAUUCGAGAAUCGUGGCUUUUUUUUCGCCCAUUAUCUUCUGCUACUGAAAUAAAUAUUCUUAUCAGAAUAAUUGAGUAAAAUAUUAGAAUUUAUCUGUUCAGAUUUGCAAUCACGAUUCUCUUUGCUAUGAUGGAAACGACAAAUUUCUUGAAAUUUUCAAUCAUCCAUACUAAUUUCCAUGUUAUACACGUCCAUAUCCAAGAUAGUGGCACAUUUACAUGGAGACUUGGAUUCGCAGAGAGCUUUUAGAUUAUAGUCAACGAAAGCCUGAAAAUUUCUUUGAAUCUGAAAGUUUUUUGUUGUGCAAUUUCCACAGUAUACUUUGUAAACAUUAACUUUUAAAAGUAUGCUUUUAUGCAAGGUUAAUUUUCCAUCUGAGACAUAUGCACAGCGGGAUGUAAAUACAGCGCUUCAAACAGUGUAUUUGCCAGGCCUGGUACCCACGUCUUUAAUCCCAAUACUCAGAAGGCUGAGGCAAGUGGAUCGAAGUUGGAUCAGUUGGAGGCUGGCAAGGUGUCCACACUGACUUCCAGGACAGCCAGCACUAUGCAGAAAAGCCGAUUCAUGGAAAAAUAGAAACGAAAAAGAAAUGUAAAUGCAUUAUAGUAUAGGAUAAUAUUGUAAAGCUUCUUUUGAAUAAUUACAAUAACUCAUGUAUAUCAGGAAAAAAAUGUCAUCAAUAGUCUUUUGUUUCCUUAGUCCAAGAAAAUCACUCUGUCCAUGGACACAUGACCAAAAUGUUAUUUAUGGUUCUGUUGUUUUCUGUGUUUGAGACCUGAACUCACAGUGUUGCUCUGUCUGUGCCAAACUCACCACAUAGACCAAGCUGGACAGGUGUGUUCCUUCCCCCUGUUUCUUCCAAGUACUAGGAUUCAAGGUGUGCAGCAACAGGGUGAGUCAAACUGUUGUGUUUUAUUUCGUGGUCUCUUGACAGCCAGUGGUGUGACUGUGGCCUUCUCCCAGGAGGAGUGGGAAUGUCUGGACCUGCCCUGAGGGCUUCGUACUGGGACUGGAUGUUGCAGAAUUGCACCACAAUGGUUUUUGUGGCUACAAAUUGUUUGCUUGCUGUCUCCCUUGAUCCUCUGCAGUAUUUCUUGACAAACUAAUCUGCAAGUGUGUGAGCUUUCAGUUUAUGAGUCUCACAUACCUCAGAAUAUAGUAAAAUCAUCAAAGGAAAAAGAAAAUUUUCGUGAAUUUUUUCUCUCUUUUUCUGUGUCCCUUUGGGAGGUGUAAGGAUUCAUCAUUAUUGGUUCAUGAUCAAUUCAACAGUGUAUGAAACUCUCUUCCCAAUCAUUCAGUACCAUUUCUGCCCCCGAGUUUUGACUGAGCUGUGAUUGGACGUGGGAUUCAAGUUAACAUGACUAAAAAUGAUUUCUAAUUGUUUUCAGUAUUCUGACACUGCAGGACAGUUAGGGAAUCAUUGGUAUAAUACUGUAUUUAGUGUUUUCUUCAUCUAAAGAGAAACCCAGGGGCUUCCUGAACAAUCUCAUUCUCAUGUGCAGGGUUCACUGUUCACCCAGACCUGCCCACCUGUGCAGCAGAACAAAGGGGGCUGGAAGGAGAGAGGAGACAGAUGCUAAGGAUGCAGGUGUGGGGGAGGGGUUGGCGAAGGAGAGGAAGGGGUCAGGUGAUGUAGAAGUGGAACAAGAAAUCAGUUUUGCCAGAUUCUGUUUCACUAGAAAUAACAGUCGAGACUCCCACUAGGAAAACCUCAGGAUUAUCCUAAUGUAGGCAUGAGAAGAAUUUUUCAGAAAAAUUGAUAAUGGAGUCAUAAAAAUUUUAUUUGUCUAUACAUGUGAGUGCUGUUUUCCUUAUUCAUACCAUUAUUUAAUCAUACUAUAAAAUGAUGGAAAUUAAUACCUUUAGGCUUAUUUAUCAGUUUUCAGAAUUUUGGACCUUUAGUAUUCUAGCACAUUCUCCACCUUCAGUGUUUUUGUCUCCAUUCCUGAAAACAAUGGUAACAGAGUUUUGGUAAGAAUCAGAAAGUAUAAUUACAGCCUACUGUAGUAUACACUGCAGCUGUACCAUCUCCUAUUGUCUGUUAGAAAUUAGGAGAAAUAUUUAGAAUGAAGUAAGGACUUACAAUGACUUAGGAAAGCAGUGGUUUUAGGCUCUCCUCCAGGAUCCAUGUGUUUCCUAGCCCCGGGGUAACUGGCUAGUUUUCCAGUACCAGUCAAGUUUUCCCCUCUGGUUGAGAGUGUCUAAAUCCAAUUACAAGUUGUCGGUCACCACCAAAGUAUGUGUGCCCCUCUUGUACCCUUAGGGUCAUCUCUGUUGUGAUUCAUAGGUGUCAUAGCUGGGUAGGACUGUUGGCUGGUUUCCUCCGUUGGAACCUUGCAUGUUGCCCUCUGGUACCAUUAAAAUUAGUCCCCAGGAAGGAGCCUUUACGGCCAGUUCCAUCUGGUGUCUUCUAGGAUUUGUUUGUUAAGUGUGUGGCUUCUUCAACACGAGGGACUGAAGUAAAGCCUCUAGGAGUCAACCUUGGGCAACAAUACCCUGUAAUGUUUGGAAGUCUGUUGGACAACUGUGAUCUGCAACUUCAAAGCAGGCUUCUUGCUCCUGGUGUUGUUGUUUUGUUAGGAAUUCUAUGGCUCUCGUGAGGAACAUCAUCAGUGUAGUUGGGAAGUUUUCAUUUACACUCUAAAUGUAUAUGUAUCACAGGCAUUUUUGAGUUGAUGGAUAAUAGUCAAGGAAUAGAUUGGUUCUUUAUGAAUUUUCUAGAUAUACUUACUGUUAUUUUACCUUCAUUGUGUUUUCCUGUGUCCAUUCUCAGUAAUUAAAUCCUCUCCUCUGGUUUUCCAUUUACCCCUUGAGAUCACUUGUGUCCUGUUACUCCUGUCUCUAUUACUCACCCCACACACCACUCUGGACUCCUUUUAGUUUUCUGGUUACUAGACUCACUCAAGGUUGUGUAAUGACAUCUGAAGAUUUGGAGCUAGGAAGUUCCUAUGAGAAAGUACAUGCAAUGAUGUCUUUGUGGGUCUGGGUUACCUCACUCAGUAUUAUCUUUUCCAAGUCCAUCUGUUUCCCUGCAAAGUUCAUGAUGUCAGUUUUCUUUACAGCUGAGUAGUAUUCCAUAGUAUAUAUGUACCAUACUUUCACGAUCCAUUUGUCAGUUGAAGUACAUUAGGUUGUUUCCAUUUUGCAGCUCUUGUGAGCAGAGCAGCAGUGAACAUGGGGAGCAAGCAUCUGUGAAAUAGGAUGUCAAGUCCCUUGAGCGAAUGUCAUGGAAUGGAACAGCUGGGCCAGAUGCUGAAUUUAUUUAACUUGAGGGGAAGUGAGCCAUAUGUUCAGUGUCCUUGAAAGAGAAUCUCAAAGAAGAGAAACAGGAAGAAAUGGCUAUUUCUCCGGAAAAUAUGUCACAGGGUCUGCUGACAUUCAGGGAUGUAGCUGUGGACUUCUCCCAGGAGGAGUGGGAAUGCCUGGACUCUGCUCAGAGGGCUUUGUGCAUUGAUGUGAUGUUGGAGAAUUACAACAACCUUGUCUUUGUGGAGAACUAUUGCAUAUAUGACCCUGUCCAUCACCAUGUGAAGACUGAAAAGGAGUCUUGUCAGUGUGAUGAGCUUGACAAAGUGCUUCAUGAUCCCUCCACAUGUGUACUUCAUAGAACAAAUGAAACUCUAGAAAACUCUAAUAACUACACAUGCAGUAGUCACAGGGAUGCCUCUGUUGACUCAUCAAACCCAGACAGACGUGAAAGAAUGCACACUGGAGAAGAACCUUGUCAAUCUAAAGACUGUGAGAAAUCUGUAAAUUUGUGUUCCAACAUCACUCAAGAUCAGAGAGUCUACACUGCAGAAAAAGAGCACAGGCAGGAAGAAGGUGAUGACUCUUUGAGCUCUGCAUACAGGCUUUUGCAACAACCAAUCAGCAUUGAAGAAAAUCCACAGCAAUGUGGAACAUGUAAGAAAUUCUUGAGGACUGCCUUCUACCUCACUGAACAUGAGAAAAUUCAUACUGGAAUUAAACCCUGCCAGUGCAACACUAAUGAAACAUCCUUCACCCAGCACUCUAGUUGUAAGAUACACCAUAGCCUUCAUACUGUGGAGAAACCUUACACAUGUAUGGAACGUGACAAGUCCUUUACUUGGAACUCACAAGUUAGAAUACAUCAGAGUGUUUACACUGAGGAGAAACCUUACAAAUCUAGCAAAUGUGACAAGUUCUUUACACAGGACUCCCGUGCUAAAAGACAUCAGAGAGUUCAUACUGGAGAGAGGCCUUACAAAUGUAUGGAAUGUCACAAGUCCUUUACCCAGGACUCACAUCUUAAAAAACAUCGGAGAGUUCAUACUGGAGAGAGACCUUACAGUUGCAAGCAAUGUGACAAGUCCUUUACCUGGAACGCACAACUUAGAAGACAUCAGAGUGAUCACACUGAAGAGAAACCUUAUACAUGUAUUGAAUGUGAUGAGUCCUUUACCAAGGUAUCACAGUUUGUAAGACAUCAGAGAGUUCAUACUGGAGAGAGACGUUACAAUUGUCAGGAAUGUGGCAAAUCUUUUACCUUUUCCUCGGGUCUUAGAAGACAUCGGAGAGUUCACACUGGAGAGAGACCUUACAGUUGCAAGCAAUGUGACAAAUCUUUUACCUGUUGUUCAGGUCUUAAAAGACAUCGGAUAGUUCAUAGUGGAGAGAGACCUUACAGUUGCAAGCAGUGUGACAAAUCCUUUACCCAGGUCUCACUUCUUAGAACACAUCAGAGAGUUCAUACUGGAGAGAGACCUUAUAGUUGUGUGGAAUGUGACAAAUCCUUUACCUAUUGCUCAGAUCUUAGAAGACAUCAGAGAGUUCAUACUGGACAGAGAUCUUACAAAUGUAUGGAAUGUGACAAGUCCUUUAUCUGGGAUUCAGAUCUUAGAACACAUCAGAGAGUUCAUACUGGGGAAAAACCUUACAAAUGUGCGCAAUGUGACAAGUCCUUUGCCUGGAAUGCACAACUUAGAAGACAUCAGAGAUCACAUUGAGAAGAAACCUUAUACAUGUAUUGAAUGUGACAAGUCCUUUACCAAGAUGUCACAUUUUAUAAUACAUCAGCGGGUUCAUUCUGGAGAGAGACCUCAGAGUUGUAAGGAAUAUGACAAAUAUUUUAGUAGAUGCAAACAUCUUAGAACAUAUUAGAAUAUUCAUACUGGAAAGAAACCUUAUAAAUGCCAAGACUUACAUAUCCUUUAUCCAUAUUACAAGUCUUAAUAGAUAGAGAGAAAAACACCAUUGUAAAUACUAUAACAUACCAUUCUCUGGUAUUCUCUGUUUCAAAUAACAGUAUAUAUAAUAGAAACUUCAAGAUAAGAAACUUGUAAAAACCUUUAGUGAGGUUUAAAUUUUAGAAAGUAUCACAAACUUUAUGCCAAAUUAAAGUUCUUCCAAUGCUACUGUGUUAAAAGCUUAUUUCUCUUACUGUAUACGUCUGUUUUCCCUGCUUGUUUUACUAUGCACUCCGUGAAGUCCUGGUGCAGGCAGAAGACAGAAUCCCCAAAGCUGGAGCUCCAGAUAAUAGUGCGCUGCUGUGUGUGUGCUAGGAAUCGAACCCAUGUCCUUUGAAAGAUUAGCCAGCAUCCUUAACUACUAAGUGAUAUCUCCAGCUCCUAGGAAAAACUGUCAUAAGACAUUGAUCUUUUGUUCAGCAUCCAAAGAUUCAUCACAGUGCCAGACAUUUUAGUACAAGCCUUUAAUCCCACAUUUAGGAGACAGGGUUAGGGGGUUUUCUGAGUUUGAUGUACAGAGUGAGUUACAAGACAACAAAGAUUACCUUAACCAUGUCUCCAAACAAAAAAUUACAAUGCAGACAAAAUUUAAUUUUGUCUCUGACUUUGCUGUGCAUCACGAAAUUCAUGCUUCUGGACAACCAUAUGGAAACACAUUCUUAUAAUUCCUGGUUUCUUGUUUAUUGAAUAUUUCCUCCCAGAAAUGCAUUUAAUUUGACAGAUGCUUUACCUAGUCCCAAAAUUGGACACACAAAAAAUUCAAGGGUGACCCUACCCAUAACCUGCCCCUCCCCCUCCACUAUUUCAAUUUUAAAAAGCGACACUCAAGAGAAGAACAUCACAAGAAACAGUGUGUAUGUAGGGGUUUUUAUUAGGGGAAAAGGAGGGGGGUUAGAGGGAAACAGGCUGUGGGAACAGGAGCUGUAGAAGAGAAGGUAGAUGUGGAGAGAGAUGAAGACAGAGACAGGCCAAGGAGAAGCAGAGGGAAAUAUCACAUGUACGCCAGGCCCAUUUAAAAGGGAACUUACAGUGAAUGUGCACAGGUGGUGCUCUUGGUGGCUGCAUCUAUGGGCAUAUCCUGCCAGAACCCCUAAGGCAGGACGGUACAGAUGCACGAAUACAAACACCUGCCCUGGGACUUAUUUCCCGUUUUGGUGGGGUGUUGGGGUAUGUGGGUCAGGAGGGGUGACUAGGGGCAGGUGGCAUCGAGGAGAUGGGCGUUGUUGGGGCAUCUAGCCCUGCUGGACUCCCUGGGUUCCUUCCUGAGGCAGCAAGGCUGCCCUGGCUUUGCAGGAGCCUAGGAAGGGACUUAGUAGCAGAGGGACUCACCCAACUCCACUGCCUCAGCCCUUCCUGCCUUGCCUGGAAUGAGGCCACCCUGCUGGAUUUUUGGAUUUUCUCUUCACAGCUAGUCACUGAUGGAUUAUCUGGAUAGCAGUCUGUUAGUCAUUCCAAUAAACCCCCUAUAUGUACACACACACACACACACACACACACACACACACACACACACACGUACUUACGUUGGGCCCUUCCCCUAUAGGGAUCUUCUGAUCAGUUUGUGACUAAGAGCUUAUUUAGCAAAUACUUCUUGUUUCCCUCCUUCCAAUAAUGCCUGAAUGCACGUUCCUGUUAUCCAUCCAUCAUUAUUGCUGGAGGGCCCUGGGAACGUGAACUUCUGACGUUGGCAGUUUUCCACUGUGCCUGCUCACCCUCUUGUUGCAAUAAAUGGCAUUCUCCUUGCACGAA